CUCAGAUUCUCCAGCAUCUGCAGUUCCUACUAUCUCUCACAUAAAUCAACUGAGCUGUUUAAACAGAUCCACUCCCAUGCUUGGAAGUGAGGGUGUAAUUUUAGUAAAUUUUAGCUGUAAUCAACUUUCUUACUGCAUUUCUGUCUAUUUCAUCUUCUAGCAAUGUUUGAUCUCCCACAAAACUGGAUUUACAUGAAAAAUCAGGAGGCGUUAAUAGUUCUUCUUCAGCCAGAUACACCAGAGUACAAAGAGGUAGUACAAACAUUCAGGAAAUCUUGUGGGAAAACAGUUGUUGACAUUGUCAAGAUCGAAAGGAUUCAGAAUCGCAAGCUUUGGCAAAGUUAUUCUGUCAGAAAAAACACUGCAGAAAGAAAGUAUCCUGGGGCAACUAUUGAGCAGAUCCUUUACCAUGGAACCACAAAGGAAAUUUCCCAGAAAGUGAAUAAAACUGGGUUCAACAGAAGCUUUUGUGGGAGAAAUGCUACUUACUUUGGAAAAGGAACUUACUUUGCUUUGAAUGCCUCGUAUUCAUGUGACAACAAAUACUCUGAUCCUGAUUUUGAUGGAUGUAAAUACAUCUAUCAGGCACGAGUGAUUACUGGGAAGCUGUGCAAAGGAGAACAGAAUAUGCUGGAACCAACACCAGUCGAUCCACAGAUAGAUUCAGCUGACCUUUGUGACUGUGCAGUGAAUGAUCUAAACAAACCUUCCAUUUUUGUUAUUUUUUGCGAUGAUGGUGCAUAUCCAGAAUACUUGAUAACUUUUAAAACAAGAGUAGCAUGAGUGCAAACGAGUUCAAUCAAGCUGUCAUGCUUUUAUGGCAAACUAUUAGAGUUUUAUUCACGUUCCUAGAAAAUCCAGCAUACUGCAAAUUGGAUUAUUUAGUGAUCUGGUUGGGAUGUUCUUUUGUGACUGGUUGCCAGAGUGUGCUGCUUACAAUGUGCAUGGAGCAGUAUUACUCCGAAGGACAAAAAAAGUGCCUUAUUUCUUUAUCAUAAGUUAUCAUCUAGGAUGUUGAACAUAAAGUUGAAUAAUGGGAAUAUAGGAACAGGAGUAGACCAUUCAUUGAGGCUGAUCUACCAUUCAAUUAGAUCAUGGCUGAUCUUCUGCCUCAAUGCCACUUUCCUGCAUAAUCUCCAUAUCCCGUAAUGUCAUUAGUCUCCAGAAACCUACUGAUUUCUGCCUUAAACUUGUUCAAUGUUUGAGCUUCCACAACUCUCUGGAGUAGACAAUUCCAAAGAUGCACCAUUCUCUGAGUGAAGAAAUUCCUCUAAACGUCUAGGCUUUAGUUGAGUUUCAAGAAUGAUUGACACGUAGAGGCGGCUCAGUGGUUAGCACUGCUGCCUCACAGCACCAGGGACUCAGUUUUGAUUCCAGUCUUGGGUGACUGUCUGUGUGGAGUUUGCACAUUCUCCACGUGUCUUCGUGGGCUCCUGCCGGGUGCUCGGUUUCCUCCCACAGUUCAAAUAUGCGUAGGUUAGGUGGAUUGGCCAUGCUAAAUUGCCCCAUAGUGUGCAGUUCAGGUGAAUUAGCCAUGGUAAAAUGUGAGAUUAUGGGAAGGGUAGUAGGGGUGUGGGUCUGCGUGGAAUGCUCUUCUGAUGGUUGAUGUGAACUCACUGGGCCGAAUGGCUUCUAUCCGCUCUGCAGGGAAUCUAUGACACAGAAUAUAGAUAAUUUUCAUUGAUGACAAUUAUGAUCAUUGAAACUGUUUACAGAAUGACAAAUUGCCUUAUGAAUGAAUUAACUUUGCAUCUUUGCAUUUUUUAAUCUAAAUAUUCGUAUGCUAAAGUGUGAAUGAUACAAUGAUGGGAAUCUCUGUUUUGAGCUGUUAUUGCUCAAAAUAAGCUGUUAUUGCAGAUGAUUUUCUUCAUACAGUUUCAUCUGUAGCCAGUCAUUGUAAUUAAUCAUGUGAAAUUCACUGUAACAUCUGAUGCAAACCCCACCACAGUUAAACACAGAAGUUGAUGACAGUGAUUUCACAUUACUCAAAGGGUGUGCUCCUGAAGUGAUCACAGAUGGAAACAAUUAGAAAUCACUGAUUUGACAUUAACUUCUACUUCUGAAGUUAAUUUGUCUUACCAUAAGAUGAUUGAAAAUGUUCUGCCUUAUUGAUUGAGGUGUAGCUGAGGUUUUAACAUGUACCAAUUUAUAUUUACAUUUGAAUAAGGUCUUUGGCCCUGAAAGAUUAAUUUUAUAUUUGUUGAAAGUCGCACUUUCCCCAUAACAUGUUUUAAAAAACCCUAGAUUUUUCAAUUAAUAAAAUCUAUUUUUUAAAGCUUGUUUAUAUUUCAUGUCAACCUUAACACCAUGUAUACAGCACCAUCUUUAUGUUGAUUUCUGUAAAGUUGUAAAAAGAAGUAAAUAAAAAAUUAACUGAUA